UCUGACGCUGGAGAUGCCGAAGAGACGAGACAUCGUCGCCAUUGUGUUGAUCGUGUUACCUUGGACACUGCUCAUUACAGUUUGGCACCAGAGCGCCAUCACACCUCUACUCGCUAAACGGAAGGAUGACCGACGGGAUGGUCGCGCCAACUCUCGGAAUACUUUUGCCCUCAAGGAGUCCUGUUCCCUACAGAACAGGGACAUCGUGGAGGUGGUGCGCACUGAGUAUGUCUACAGCCGGCCCCCGCCGUGGUCUGACGUCCUGCCCACCAUCCACGUCAUCACUCCCACUUACAGCCGGCCGGUGCAGAAGGCAGAGCUGACACGUCUGACCAACACCUUGCUGCACGUGCCCAACCUGCACUGGCUCCUGGUGGAGGACUCCCAGAGGAGGACCACGCUGGUCAGCCGUCUCCUCCAGGAGACGGGACUCAACUACACCCACCUGAACGUGGAGACGCCCAGGAACUAUAAAGUACGCGGGGACACUCGGGACCCGCGAAUACCUCGGGGGACCAUACAGAGGAACCUGGCCCUGCGGUGGCUCCGGGAGACUUUCGGCAGAAACAGCAGCCAGUCUGGGAUUGUCUACUUUGCAGACGAUGACAACACGUACAGUCUGAAGCUGUUUGAGGAGAUGCGUUCCACCAAAAAGGUGUCGGUGUGGCCCGUGGCCUUUGUGGGUGGCCUACGCUACGAGUCCCCUAAGGUAAACACCUUGGGCAAGGUGUACGGCUGGAAGACUGUGUUCGACCCACACCGGCCCUUCGCCAUCGACAUGGCUGGGUUUGCUGUGAACCUGCGCCUCAUUCUGUCCAAACCCCAGGCUUAUUUCAAGUUACGGGGAGUGAAGGGAGGUUAUCAGGAGAGCAGUUUGUUAAGGGAGCUGGUCACGCUCAGCGAUUUGGAGCCGAAAGCUGCUAACUGCACUAAGGUAUUAGUAUGGCACACACGGACAGAGAAGCCUGUGCUCGUAAAUGAGGGCAAGAAGGGAUUUACAGACUCUAAUGUGGAGAUAUGACAUCAUCUGACACAGGGGCACUUCUCCAUUGGACGUGGAUUCAAACCAACCUCAGAGCUCUUUCCAGUAAUAUCCAGGCGUCCAGAAUAUCAUCGCAUCACAGUACAGUAGAUGUACUUCACCAAUGGAGGCACAUCUGUCCGCCCCAGGAGGCAGCACAAGCCGGGUGCUUGGACAGACCACGGAGCAUCAAAGCACAACUGCACAUAGAACGUGCUGCUCAGAGCACUGGUUGAUGCGAGUCACCGGUAGGAGUUGCCAAACGGAGCUUGCCCACUGAGGGCUCCUCGGAGAGCCGAGACAAAGGAUGUUACGUGACUUGAACUGCGGGAAGAGAUGGCACGGCAAGCAAUAAAGAGCCCUCUGAGCGCAGACACCACCAGCCAACCAUUAAAUAGGUCCUUUUUGUUCUGAGGCGAGCUGGCUGUUGGGCACAGGGCUGCAUGGAAGAACAAAAGGGGCCCUUGUCUUAAGUGAGUCAGCACUGACUGACAGACUGCACAGAGGGGAUCUGAGCCCCCCCCACCCCACUUGUACUGUACAACACUGAGCUAUUUAGAUAGCACCCUGAA